CUUGCUUUUCACAGCAUUGUUUAAGCAGCGGAGUCUGUAACCCAGCAGCAAGCGUAACUUUUCCUCAUUAUCAGAAUGGACGAUUCCAGCAGACAUUGGUCCAAAGAUUCAGGUGCCAACACGCCGGAUUCGCAGCUUUCAGACCAGGAAGUUGAUCAAAUGCCGAUAAGCGCUGAAGAAAGGUUGGUGGAAAAGGUCACUCGGGUUGUGCAGCCCGAAUCUUCCCAAGACCCAGAAGACGAUUCCACCACACAUGGCUCCAGUGUUAUCGAAACCCCAGGACCAGAAAUACUGGACGACUGGCCCGAAGAUACGGAGGAACUGGACCUCAUUCAUCUUCGAAUAUCAGAUUUAUCCAUAUUACCAUUUUCGCGUUUCAAAAACCUAAAGAGAAUUUGCUUGCGCCAAAACUUGAUCAUCGACAUCACUGGAUUUGAUAGCUUGACGGGAUUGAAUGAGCUAGACUUGUAUGAUAACAAGAUAUCUCAUAUUCGUGGUCUUGAUGCUUUGACUGAACUAAGUUCCUUGGAUUUAUCAUUUAACAAGAUCAAGCAUGCAUCACACUUGAGUCACUUGACAAAGUUAACCGAACUCUUCCUUGUGAGCAACAAGAUUUCGUCAGUGGACGGUUUGCAAGAUCUGACGCAGCUGACUUAUCUCGAGUUGGGAGCCAAUCGGUUCAGGGCCAUUGAGCAUUUCGAUACAUUUGUAAAUUUGGAACAGCUCUGGUUAGGAAAGAACAAGAUUACUAAAUUGGAGAACCUGGGAUCAUUGAAAAAUCUCCGCCUCCUCAGCCUGCAGAGCAAUCGAAUAGCCAAGCUAGAGGGUCUUGAAGAGCUACAUAAUCUUCAAGAGCUGUAUGUCAGUCAUAAUCUGAUUGAGAAGAUCGAGGGGUUGGAGAACAACACCAAGUUACGCACGUUGGAUGUAGCGUCAAAUCGAAUUACCAAACUCGAAAACAUUUCUCAUCUCACGUUCUUAGAAGAGUUUUGGGCUAACAGUAAUUUACUGCCAUCUGAAACAUUUAUCGACCUCGAGAAUCAGCUUAAAGACAAGGCUCAUUUGGAAACCGUUUAUUUGGAAGGCAAUCCCAUGCAGAAGGACAAUCGUCCCACUUACCGUAACAAAAUCCGGCUGGCGCUGCCCCAAAUCAAACAAAUCGAUGCAACAUAUGUAACGAUGGGCUAGAAGAAACAAGCGAGCGCGAACGUGAGCCAAAGACGAUCGCACAUGUUGAAAAGUCGUUGCUUGCCAGCCAAUGAAAAUGUUUCAGAAAUCGGAAACCAUGGAAUUUCCAAGCUGACUUCUAGUGUUCAACGUGAAAAAGUUCAUUGUUAAUAAACCCUAUCUGCCGCGUUUAUGAUGAAUAGAGUUCUCAGUGC